AUGGCCAAUCAACCAGGAAAUCCAAAUAUGAAAAUGUUAAUUCCGAUGAUUAAUGAAUUACAACGAAUUUUUACCAUGGUUAAUACUCGAUUAACAUUAACAUUACCUCAAAUAGCAGUUGUCGGCUCGCAAUCAGCAGGCAAGAGUUCUGUACUUGAAAAUAUUGUCGGUAGAGAUUUUUUACCUCGUGGUGGAAGUAUGGUGACAAAGCGACCUUUAGUUCUACAAUUGGUUACAUCUCAAGGGCAAGAAUAUGGCGUAUUUGGCCAUAAACCACAGCAAAGAUUUACGAACUACGCUGAUAUUCGUCAAGAAAUUGAAAAUGAUACCAAAGCAGUAGUACGUAAUGAUAUGGGUGUUUCAAAUAUGCCAAUCAAUCUAACAAUUUAUUCACCACAUGUUGUAAAUCUCACUUUAGUCGAUUUACCCGGUAUGGUUAAAGUACCCUCACAAGGACAACCGCUCGAUAUUAGCAAAAGGAUCGAUGAUAUUAUUCUCGAAUAUAUUAGUAAUGAAAAUUGUCUUAUUCUAGCUGUCACACCGGCUAAUAUCGAUCUAGUAACUUCGGAUGCAUUAGUUAUCGCUCGUAGUAGAGAUCCGACAGGUAAACGUACUAUUGGUGUAUUAACUAAACUAGAUAUGAUGGGUCGAGGUCAUAAUGCACGUGACGUAUUUUUGAAUAAAGUUGUCGUUCUUGAAAGAGGCUUCAUCGGUGUUGUUCUUCGUGGUCAACGUGUCGAUGAAUAUGGUCGAGUAAUGAGAGAAUUGGAUAUACCAGCUGCAAUCGAAUUCGAACGACAAUUCUUUCUUAAUGAUCCAGCCUAUCAUGAUAUGGCAGAUCGAAUGGGUGUACCGUAUUUACAACAUACACUUAGUAUUCAACUUACUGAACAUAUUCUCAAAUGCUUGCCAGAUUUAAAACGUGAAUUACAAGCACGUUAUCGUGAUUUAGCUAAAGAAGUAGCUGAAUAUCGCACAUCGGCUAUGCUUGAAGGUAACGGUGUUGAUACAAAAGCUUUAGUGGUAUUAACACAUGAGUUACAAGAAGAUUUUGAUGCCGCAUUGAAAGGAACUAAUUUGAAAGAUUCUGAUUUGAAAAGUUUGACAGGUGGAGCUCGUAUUGCUACGAUUUUUAAAUAUCGUUUUCCAUCUGAAUUGGCUAAAGUUGAUCUUCAAGAUAAAGAUAUGCGCAAUCAAUUAGUUUUAGCCAUAAAAAAUAUUCGUGGUUUUCGAGCCGGUUUAUUUACACCAGACGAAGCAUUCGAAUAUAUUGUUCAAAUGCAAAUAGCCAAAUUUGAAGAGCCCGUACUAAUAUGUGUUGAUAUGAUUGUCUCUGAAUUGAAGAAAAUUAUUCAUGAAGUAACAAGUAAAUUGAAACGUUAUCCAUACUUACAACGAGUCACCGAAGAAUUACUAACACAAUAUUUGAAAGAACGUGAAAUUGCUACAAAACAAGCGUGUACUCUUUAUGUUCAAACACAAUUAGCCUACAUCAAUACGACCAAUGAAGAAUUUAUUGGAUUUGCUAAUGCACAGAAAUCGGUCAAUAUAAGUGAAGGAAAUCGAAAUAUUACUAAUCAAAUUAUUCGUAAAGGAUUUCUUCGUAUGCAUACUAGUGCAAAAUUGUUUCAAGCAAAAGAAUAUUUUUUCGUUUUAUCGACCGAUAAUCUAUCUUGGUAUGGUGAUUCCGAUGAACGAGAUAAAAAAUAUAUGUUACAAUUGGAAAAUCUCAAAUUGCGCGAUGUUGAUGGUGGUUUUAUGGGUAAACGACUACAAUUUGCUUUGUACAAUACAGAAGGAAGAAAUGUCUAUAAAGAACAUAGAAUGCUUGAACUUUCUGCUGAAAAUAAAGAAGAGAUGGAAAGUUGGAAAGAAGCAUUUUCUCGUGCCGGUAUCUUUUCUGAACGUGGACAACGUGUCGAGACGUCUGCGACAUCGACAGAUGGCAAUUCUGGUGAUCCACAUAUGGAACGUCAAGUAGAAACUAUCAAUAUUUUGGUAGCAUCUUACAUGAGAAUUGUAGCAAAAAUGACACGCGAUUUCAUUCCGAAAACAAUCGUGUGUAAUAUUGUACAAGAACUACGAAAGUAUAUCUCAAGAGAAUUGUUAGUCAGUCUCUAUGCUAUACCAAAUGCGAAAUCACUAUUGGAAGAAUCAGCUGAAGAACGACAACGUCGUCAAGGAAAAAUUGCUGAAUUUGAAGCAGUGAAAAAUGCACUAAAUAUUAUAGAAAAUUUUCAUAUCAACGCACGUAAGUUAUCUACAGGUAUGAUACCAACAUCAACAGGAACCACUACUUCUUCGAAUAUCACUAUGAACAAUCAAUUUGGACAAUCAUCAAAUUCAUCUACAAAUUUAGUUGACACGUUUUCUGGUGUUAAUACAAAUCGUUUUUCCGGCCAUCAUAUUCAACCAAAUCAACAAGCAUGGAACUCUUUUGGAUCGUCUGCCCAGUCACCAUCAGUUGUCCUACCUAGCCAAUUACGCUCUUCUUACGUAAAUAGGUCAACAACACCACCUUCGCCCAUAGUACCUCAGCGUCCGCUACCACCACGUCCACCACCACGACCAUUUGAUGGACCACCAGUUUAG